AUUACUUAAGCAUUGAAGAAAACAAAAACAAAAUGAAUAUGCCUGACGAAACUCUUGCCACGCGCAGCAGCAGCGACAGCUGCGACAGUUGCAUUGAGGAAUCCGUACCGAAGCCGGCGAACGCUUCUCAGAUCAGCUCCUACUUCAUGUGCUUGGUCUGCAUGCGGACUGCGCGCAAUCCGCGCGUUAGCUUCUGCGGCCAUCACUUCUGCGGCAAGUGCAUUCAGCAUUGGCUGCGCAUGCAGGGCGACGAUUGCAAGUGCCCGUAUUGUAUGUCGCAGAUCGGCGAGAAUACGCUGAUCAUGGUGCGCCACAACAGACUGAUGCUGACGGCGCCGUAUUCAAGCGCCAGAUCGCUGGCACAGACCCGCAAGCUGAUCUUCAACACCUCUGAGUAUAACAAGGAGAUGCUCGUACUGCCAGAGGCGGGAAUGUUUAUUACGGGCUAUGUGGAGUAUCCGCCUGAGCUGAUGCCUCGGAUUCGGCCGUUGCCGCAGGAGUUGUUGCGCCAGGUAUCCAGGCGUCCGGUCAGGCGUUGGUUUCUCGAACCGCAGAUAAACCAACGAGUCUUCACCUUGGUAAUUCUCGUUUUCAUGUUCGCCAUGUCCCUCAGCAUGGGCGUUCGAGAAUAGAAAUUCAAAAUUUUGCGCUCGUUUAGCCAGUUUGUGUGAUAUUUUUGUUCCGUAUGUAUUGAUCUGAUGUUAAAUAGAUUUUUGGCCGUUGCUUUCGGCAUUAUAUGCGAAGUGUAGCGUUAA